UUCUUAGUUGCCACUUCAUUUUCCUUCCUUGAAUUCUCUCUAUCACUAAAUCAUUGCUUCAUUAAACAAACUUGAAAAUUCACAAAUGGGAAGACACUCUUGCUGCUACAAGCAGAAGCUUAGGAAGGGACUAUGGUCACCAGAAGAAGAUGAAAAAUUACUAAGGCAUAUAACAAAAUAUGGCCAUGGAUGCUGGAGUUCUGUGCCUAAACAAGCAGGUUUGCAAAGAUGUGGUAAGAGUUGCAGACUUAGAUGGAUUAAUUACUUAAGACCUGAUUUAAAAAGAGGAACAUUUUCUCAAGAUGAAGAGAAUCUCAUUGUUGAACUUCAUGCAGUAUUAGGCAAUAGAUGGUCUCAAAUUGCGGCGCAAUUGCCGGGGAGGACUGACAAUGAAAUAAAGAAUUUAUGGAACUCUUGUUUGAAGAAGAAACUGCGGCAAAAAGGUAUAGAUCCUGUAACUCAUAAACCAUUGAGUGAGGUUGAGAAUAAUGGAGAGGAAAGUUCCAAGAGUCAAGAGAAAGCCCAGCCGGAGCUAUUGUUAUUAUCCUCGAAUGAAUUGAACCUUUUGAAAUCGGAGAGUUCUAAAUCAGAUGCAGCUUCUAGCUAUGAUCAGAGAACGUCAUCUUCGAUUUCGCCGAAAGAUUAUGCGCUAGAAAUAGAAGGCUCUUGCAACAAAGAGUUUUUCAUUGACAGGUUCAUGAGUUCCAACUCUCACCACUCGGAUUUGAUGGGAAAUUAUCCGAUUCAGAUGAGUUACGCCAGCAACGAAAAUGAUAGUAACCAUUGGUUUAACCAAUCUGGAAAAACUUAUGAUAUGAAAUAUUCUGAUCAGUUUCAUUUCAAUUCUGCUACGGCUGCAACAACUAUGUUUCUUCCUAAUUCCUUUUGCUGCAACAAUCCGCUCGAUAUUCCUCCAUCAGAAAAUGUUUCUACCGAGAUGAUGAAAAGUGAUAGCAAUACAUUAAACUUGCAAAACAACAACUUUUCUUGGGGAGGAUUGAUGGAAAAUCAUCAAACCGAAGAAGCGAAGUGGGAUAAUAAUAAUAAUAAUGAUAAUGAUAAUGACUACUUUCAGAAUCCUAUUUUAAUGUUGGCUUCUGAAUCUUUAUGCAACGAGAUAAAACCGCAAAUGAAUUUGUUACCGGAUAAUUUCGGGACUAUUUUGCCUCAUACAAAGCAAGAACAAUCACAUACACAACAAACUUCUAAUAUCUUUUCUAAGGAUAUUCAGAAACUCAGAGAAGCUUUUGGAGAUAUGUGAGCAUGAUUUGAGGAAAAGGAAAAUAUUCAUGUGUUGUUUUCUUAGUACAGGUGUGUGAAGCAACUGAUUUUGUUAUUGUAUAUAGGUAUGUGAAUCUGAUACCAAAAAAAAAAACUAUUUGAUUUUCAACUUUUUUUUUUUGCUUUGUUGAUAUUUGUGAGCCAACAUUUUUUUGAACUUUUUUUCUUUUGUGAGUGUGGGGUAGAAUUGGUGAAUAAGAAAUUCUUUGUUGUUUUCUUUCUUUCUAUAUACUCUUUCUUUGAUA